CACUGGUACAGUAUUCAAAUACACACCAACAUCGGAUGUCGUCAAUUGUCUUCGCAAAGAAGGCCCUACGGUCAACUAUCCUUGAGGCCAGAAAACGCAUCCCGCCCAAUGAAAGAGAAUUGCAAUCCCGGGAAAUAGCUCUUGCGCUGACCUCUUGCCCCGAGUACCAACAAAGUUCGUCCAUUAGCUGCUUUCUUUCGAUCGACGGAGAAGUCGACACAUCGAGUGUCAUCGAGGAUAUUUUGAAAAGAGGGAAGCGAUUGUUUGUGCCUCGCGUGGAGAAAAUUUCUGGGGUGAUGGAGAUGCUCAGAAUAUAUAGCCUGGACGACUUGUCCAAAUUGUCUCCUGGUGUGUGGGGCAUACGGGAGCCAGGGAAGAUAUCAAAUACUGGAGACGGUCCCAGAGAGAAUGCCUUGAACUCAACCCUGGAUAUGAUUAUUUUGCCAGGCGUUGCCUUCGACUCUCUGGGAAAUAGGAUAGGGUACGGUAAAGGCUACUAUGACCGCUUCAUUGCCUCCUAUUGGUCCGCAAGGAAGUAUAAGCCUGAGCUAUUUGGAUUGGCAUUCAAAGAGCAAGUCGUUGAACCUGGGACAAUUCCAUUAGAAGAGCACGAUGAAUCUGUGCAAGGAGUUAUUUCUCCUGCUUUUUCUGGCGUUUUGCACAGGGUUGCGAGUUCAGAUGACGCGGACAAUAAAGGAACGAAUUAGCAGCUGUUUGUGAUUGUUCGCAUCCACUUUCCCACAAAAGUUCCUCCAUCGACUC